GUCUUGUUGGACAUUAUUUUUAUGUCGAAAUCUUACAUUUAAAUUUUUACAGAAUAUUUAUACAUUUAAUUAAAAAAGUUAACAAUGGAGUCCGAAGUUAUAAAGGAAAAGAUUCAUACAGAACCUAUGUUGAAUGAUCCUCGCUAUAUAACCUUACUGAGUGUAAUUGUCCUACUUUUUACCCUGGUGUUUUGGUGGUUUUUCUCAAGGAGGCGUCAAGUUCGUAAAUCUGUACUAUUAAUGGGUCUCUCAGACUCUGGCAAAACCCUAUUGUUUGUGAGACUUGCAUACUCCCAGUACAGACAGACUUUUACAUCUAUGAAAGAGAAUAUUGAAGAAUAUAUUACUUCUAAUGAUGCCUUAAAAAUAGUGGACUUGCCCGGCCAAGAGAGGUUAAGGAACAAAUUCUUUGAUCAGUACAAGAAUAGUGCCAAGUCUAUUGUUUAUGUUGUUGACUCUGUCACCAUCCAGAAGGAGAUCCGGGAUGUUGCUGAGUAUUUAUACACAAUUCUGUCUGAUCCAGUGGUACAGAGCUAUAGUACUCCAGUUCUGAUCUUGUGCAACAAACAAGACCAACCCCUAGCUAAGGGUGCUCAAGUGAUCAAGAGUCUGUUGGAGAAGGAAAUAAAUCUAGUCCGUGUCACAAAGUCCAGCCAACUGCAAUCUGUAGAUCCAUCUCAAGGCAACAACUCGACAUACCUCGGCAAAAUAGGCAAGGACUUUGAGUUCUCACAUCUUAGUAACCGGGUGGAAAUCGCUGAGAGCUCAGCUAACACUGGUGACGACGAUACGCCGGCCGAUAUCAAAAGUCUUCAAGAUUGGAUCUCCAAACUUUAGUUACUUAAACAUUUCCUUAUUUUGUCAUUUUUUUUAUUCAAGUUGUGAGUUUUCAAACAACUCUAUGACUAAUGUAAAAAUCGUGUGAAUAGUAGGCCUUAUUCGAAUUUCAGAUUAAAUAAUCAA